AUGUCUGACAAUGAGGAUGGCGCCUUCGGCAACGACAACAACGAGGAAGAUUUCUAUGAGCAAGAAGACGAAGUCGAAGAACUCGAGCCCGACUACGAGGAGGAGAACGUCGAGCGAGAUGGCGACAACGAUGCCGAAGAUCCCAACAACAUCGUCGCUGUGAACGGGGACGGUGGCCACACCCAAGCCUCCGGCGCGAAAUCAGCCUCAGAAGCAGACAAGAAAAUCCCCCAGGAGAAACGCACCACGACACCCUACAUGACGAAGUAUGAAAGAGCAAGAGUGUUGGGCACGAGGGCAUUGCAGAUCAGCAUGAAUGCGCCGGUGUUGGUGGAUCUGGAGGGAGAGACGGACCCGUUGCAGAUUGCGAUCAAGGAGUUGAAUCAGAAGAAGUUGCCGCUGGUGGUGAGGAGGUAUUUGCCUGAUGGGUGGUAUGAGGAUUGGACUGUUGAGGAGUUGUUGUGA